GCGCAACUUGCUGAGACGACAGUCGGGGGGUAUAGCAACGGAAAACCCAUCAACAGAAGCAACGGGACGGCAGUGAAGGGGACAGUGUUUGCCUCUGUCUUUCUCUAAGGUGGUUAAACAAAACCCAGUUCUCAACAGUACACACCAAAACACACACCCAGUACAGCAGGAGGAUGGCGGUGAAUGUCUACUCCACCUCUAUGACUGUAGAGAAUCUGAGUCGUCAUGACAUGCUGGCGUGGGUCAACGACUCUCUACAGCUCACCUACACAAAGAUUGAGCAGCUCUGUUCAGGCGCUGCUUAUUGCCAGUUCAUGGACAUGCUGUUUCCGGGGUGUAUAUUGUUGAAAAAAGUCAAGUUCAAUGCCAAACUGGAGCAUGAAUACAUCCACAAUUUCAAGGUCUUACAGGCUGGUUUCAAGAGGAUGAACGUGGACAAGAUCAUCCCAGUGGAGAGGUUGGUGAAGGGGAAGUUCCAGGACAACUUUGAGUUCCUUCAGUGGUUUAAGAAGUUUUUUGAUGCCAACUAUGAUGGGAAAGAAUACGACCCUCUAAUGAUGAGGCAGGGCCAGGAAGGAACGCCACCUCCGCCUAACCCAGGCCCCAUGAGAACGUCUCCCACAGCACCGAAAAGCGUCCCCGCUCCACAGAGGCAGAUCAACAUACCAACAGCCCGCAGGAACACUCCAGUGACCAGAAAUGGAGGAGAUGCUGAGCUCAUAGAGCUCAACCAGCAGAUUAUGGAUCUGAAACUGACUAUAGAUGGAUUGGAGAAAGAGCGAGAUUUCUAUUUCGGAAAGCUGAGAGACAUUGAGCUGAUCUGCCAAGAGAGCGAAAAUGGAAGCAGCCCAGUCCUCAGCAAAAUCAUAGACAUACUGUAUGCUACCGAGGAGGGAUUCGCACCACCAGAAGAUGAGGAAAUUGACGAAGGAACACGAGGAGACCAAGAAGAGUUUUGAAUUCUUCCUCAUUCUUCUUCAUCUUUUACCCAGUUUAUUAUUUAAUACCCCCUCCCUCUUUGUUUCACCCUAUUAAAUUACUUUUUACAGCCUCCCCUGACUUCUCCCACUUGGCCCACGGCUGUGCAAAUCUACAAUGCCAUUGUUGUACAGCCCACUUCCAAAGGACACUUAACCCAGACCUGUCUGGACUAGGACCCAACAGUCUGGCUUGGCUUAAUCGACUAAUUCUAACUGUUAUCAGAGUGGACAGCUGCACUGCAGAACUAGUUUAGCUCACUAGUCUGACAGAAGUUUGAAGUUAACAGCAGUAUGAUAACAGAGAUGCAGCUCUGGAGCAGAUGGUGCGAUGAAUCUAUAUGUCUGAGGAGCAGGUCAAUUUCUCACACCAUGCACUCUUAUCUGUGCCCACGCACACACACACACUAACAUGCUUCAAGGUUCGUUCCAGGGUUUAUAUAUGAAACCAAGCAAUGUUUUACAAAAGAUUCUAUCAAGUUAUUUUGAUAUUAUGACUGAAAAUUUCACAAGGUGAGAUUAUAUAAUGUUUUAUCCUGUAGAAGAGCGAUCAAUCUCAUGGAUUUGUUUUAAUCCUGUAACAUAUAAUGAUAAAUGAUGUGAACAUUUAGCCCACAGACAUAUCACUGACUUCAAACUUGUCACAUGUACAGUACCUGCUCAUGGAAGUCAUUGUUCUGAGGUAAAAACAUCACACGUUUUACAUCGUUAUUCCGUCAGAAAAGGUUUUUAAUAAAAUAACAGCUUUGUCAUGUCCUGACAGCUUGUUUAGGAGACAGCAUGUUGUAUUUAUGUUUUUAUUUAUUUAUCUUUUUUAAUCUGCUCUAUACAGUUUCUGAAAAAAUGUGGCUUGGAUUUGGGGAGAUUAAAGGUCUUGCACUAAAUGUAGCGAAACAAACAAACUGAAAUGAUCCAAAAUGCCAACAUGCAGUGACUGUCAUCUGCCAGAGAUACAGAAAGAUGCAAUUUUAUAUUUUGUAGGUUGUUUUGAAGAAAUGUCAUUUUUUUUUUUUUUUUUUUGUGUAUGUUUUGUUUUUUUCCACUGUAUUCUUCGCUAGCCAAGUCAGAGGUGUCAGUGUAAAUUUUAUUUACCAGACAAAUAUCAGGCUAUGAAUAAACAAAUAAAAAAAAACAAGGAAAGAAUGAAAAAAGGAAAAUUAACACUACAGACAGACACUACUAAAUACUAAUGUUUGACUGUGUUAAUUGAGUUAAACAUUGUAGCUGCUAUCAUUACUUUUCUUUUGCCGUAUUUGAGUUUUUAUAUGUUGCAUAGGGCUGCUAACAAAAGAAAGCUUGGUUUAUUGUGAAUGACAGCCAAGCUGAGUGUGAUGGACAUUAAUUGGACCAGUCUCAGAGGAAAUACAUCUGAUCCUCUCACAGUUUGUUACCUUGGCAGCCAUGUGAUAAAUUUGCAUCAUUUGGAGUUUCUGCAGGUAUGUAAUAAAGCUCUGAGAUUUCAA